UCAAGCAAUCUUCGCAUUCACCGGCUGGAAUAAGAUCGCCGAUUCUGAACGACAUCACCUUUCGCAAAAGCCUUGAUCUUCAAACAGCGGAAAAGACAAAGAAAGUUGAUAUUAGACGCAUUGAGUUCACCCACCUACAGCGUCAAAGAGAAAUGCACUCAGUGGCCAUGGAUCCUUCAAGUAAUGACAUCGAACCUAAAGGAAUUGGGUCGUUUGGUAUGACAAGCAGUGCAGGCUCUUCAUUUAGAAGGCACUCUUUGAGUAUAUCACGAGCUCAUUCCUUUCAAUUAAAUGAUGACAUUGAAAGUGAGGCAGUUUCUCUGGCAGGAGAUGCUGGUGAUUUGGCUCUUCAUAGCAGUAGGCAUGGUCAGAGUAGCAGAAUAAGUUUUGCCAUUGAUAAUGCUUUGGAGAGCGGUGCAGUGUUUCCAAUUCCAGAAGAUAACAUGUUGCGAUCAUAUGGAUUUUGGGGCCGUGAACCACCAACACAAAAUGCAAUCUCCCCUGUGUCACCAAUGCCAGAGGAAAUCAUAUCUCCUCUUUCCACAACUGCACUGAAUUGCUCUGAGGAGAAAGAUCAAGAUGAAGAUGAAGCUCUGCCUUUGUUUUUGGAGUAUAUAUAUUGUCUCCUGCAUUUAGCUAUUUUUGGAAUUCUUGGGGUUUUAUCCAGAUAUUUGUUGCAGAGACUGUUUGGGCCUAGUACUGCUGGUCUAACCAGCCAUCAAAGCAUUCUAUACCUGGACCUUCCUUCUAAUUUGGUUGGUUCCUUCUUGAUGGGUUGGUGGGGGGUUGUUUUCAAAGAAGAGAUAUCUAGAGUAUCUAAUCAUUUGGCAAUUGUAUUGACAACUGGAUAUUUGGGAAGCCUUACGACUUUCAGUGGUUGGAAUCAGGAUAUGCUUGAUCUCAGUGUACAUGGACACUGGCUAUUUUCUCUAUUUGGCUUUCUAUUUGGCCUGUUUCUUGUAGAUCAUUUCAUCAUUUUUGGGAUUGAGACGGCUAAGGGUUUCCGCUGGUUACUCAAAAGGAUAAAAAGAACUAAAGAGAGAGAAACGUCUAGCACUAAGAUGAAGUGGAGGGUGAACAGGUACAGUCGACAUUGGCCAGUAAUGGUAGUGUUACUGCUGUCUCUCGGUGCUUUAUGGAGUCUCAGUGGAGCAUUGCUAAAGGAGGAGUUCAACAGUACUAGUGCAGGACCUCAGUUGUGGCUGGCUUGCUUGGUUGGACCACCGGGUGUGUGGAUCAGGUGGUUCUUAGCUCGAUUUAAUGGCCGUGGAUUAGGAAAGGCAGGAAUUUUAAGGUGGGUUCCAUUUGGGACCCUAGGUGCUAAUGUUUCUGCAGCUUGUGUCACGUCAGGGUUGGCUACCUUGAAAAAAGCGGUAAAGGUUUAUUUAGUGGUGUUUGUCCUCACUUGUCCCUUCCUAUUCCCCUUGCUUUUCAUCCUAAUGUAAUGUCUAUUAGUCUCAUAUUUAAUCUGCGGAAAUAUUUGAAUUUACUCGAGUUCAAAUCUUCAUUGUCAAAAAACAUUAUCUGCCAAAUUUUUAUGCAACUUGUUUUUCUCACCUGAUUUUAUACAUUUGGGUCUUUUGCAGAUUUUUCAUGGGAACCCUGCUCUUUAGUAUAGUUUAUGUCUCUUUGUUGCACCCUCAAGAUUUAGUGUUUCAUGAAUGAUUCUUUAUCUUUUAGCCCACAAAUGUAGAAUGGAAUCUAGGUGAUAGAUAAAACUCAUGGGAUAGAAAAACACUAGGACUGAGGGGUUGAGAUUUAUCAGUCUUAAGAGUAAAUACCAGGACUUGCGAUACAGUUGUAGAUGGUAUUCAGUUGGGAUUCACGGGUUGUUUGAGUACCGUUUCUGCUUUUAUUGUCGAGUUCAAUGCAAUGAGAGGAAGUCAACGGCCUUGGAGAGCAUAUGCUUAUGCUCUCUCUACAAUAACUCUCUCAUUUGGUUUUGGGGUUCUUUUCUAUGAUUUACCCGUUUGGGUAAAAGGCUACAAGUAAAACUUGAUGCGCUUCAAUGCUAGUCACUUUCUCUGGAAUACGCUUCUAAGCAAUAAUGCCGACAAAAGUGCAGUGACUUCAACUUAUCAUGGAGAAAACGCAGCAAAAAAUUAUAAAUUACUGGAGUCAUUUUCUAGUUGUAAGAUACAUAUUUCUAUUUAGUUUCUGAAUCUUCUUCUUGGAAUCAAAAUAUAGGUCUUUAUAAGGAGUGGUUAGCACUAAACUAUUAGGUCUCAGUUAGUAAGAUCAAAGCACAUACAGGUCCUAGUCUAGAUGGUAUGUAUUUUUGUUUCUUUGUAAAUAGUUAAUAAAACCUUACUCUCUCUCUCUCUCUCUCUUUUCAUUAUUCGACAGAAGGAUUGGUUGAAAACAACAAGAAUCAAAACCCACUUUGGUUUGAAAUCUGUUUUUACCACAUUAUUAUGGUUAUUAUAUUGGAAGUGACAGCAUAAUAUGAAUGAUAGAAAAGUUGGUAGGUGUUAGAUUAGAUGGGCUUCUCUUUGUUAAUAUUUAACUAAGCUAUCAAGACUGUUGCAAUUUGCUGCUUUCAUAUCCCAUGUGGGGCAUGUUAAGAGGUGAUUCUUUAUAGCUUCGGCCACAACACAAAUCUCAUGGUUCAUAGCUAGCUUUUUUUAUUUUUCAUUUUUUUAUAUAAAUGUAAAUAAUCAAUUUGGCAGUUGUUU